AAGGAUAUAUUUUUUGCUUUUUUCGGUGCACACAAACACACACACACACACUUGUUUUACUUUCAACAGUCUUUGCAGUCAAUCAACUCCAUCGAAAAAAGAAAAGAAAAACGACGCGCAUUCCUUGUUUAGCUGUCAGAUAGGUCAAAUAGUCUUCUAGUGGCUGAUGAUCUUUGGUUAUUGGAAAUCUGAAACUGUGUCAGUGUUCAUGCACGGCUGACUAAGUUGAGUUUCAGUUCAGAUAGUUGUGCUUUAAUAAUAAAAUGGAGCCUCUAUGGAAGCUUGUGUUUCUAUUGGAGCCUGCUCCAGUUACUCUUAUUUUGACCGCCAUUGCUGUGGCUUUUGGCUCUGCUUUUCGAGCUUUAAAUUAUGGAAAAGAAAUGGAAAAAAACCGUGAUAUGUCUGAAGCAUCGAUUACAUUGGAUAGAUCUCAAGCACUCAUGAUACCAGUUAUGAGCUCUAUAAGUCUGCUUACGAUGUUUUACUUAUUCUCUUCCGUUUCACAACUGCUCACUGCUUUUACUGCAAUUGCCUCCGUAUCAUCUCUAUAUUUUUGCUUCUCACCUUAUAUUGCUAAUGUCAAGUCACAAUUUGGUCUUUCCGACCCAUACGUGUCUCGUUGUUGCUCCAAGUCUUUUACUCGAAUGCAAGCACUUCUGUUGUUUUUAUGCUUUAGUACAGUUGCAACAUGGCUUGUUACCGGACAUUGGAUUCUGAACAAUAUGUUGGGCAUUUCACUUUGUAUUGCAUUUGUCAGCCAUGUUCGUCUCCCCAACAUAAAAGUCUGUGCGAUGCUACUUAUCUGCUUAUUUGUAUACGAUAUUUUCUGGGUAUUCUAUUCGGAGAUGUUUUUCGGUGCAAAUGUCAUGGUUGCAGUAGCAACUCAACAAGCUUCUAACCCUGUUCAUACAGUAGCUAACUCUUUGAGUCUUCCUGGAUUGCAAUUGAUCACGAAAAAGCUCGAGUUGCCUGUCAAGAUUGUAUUCCCAAGGAACUUAUUGGGUGGCAUCGUACCUGGAAAUGCUGCUAGUGAUUUCAUGAUGCUUGGUCUUGGUGAUAUGGCCAUUCCUUCUAUGCUCCUAGCAUUAGUUCUCUGUUUUGACCAUAGAAAAGACAAGGAAGUUGUAAGCCAAUUGGAUAUAUCUCCUCAUAAGGGGCAUAAAUACAUAUUUUAUGCUACUUGUGGAUACGCUAUUGGAUUGGUAUCUGCGUUGGCAGCUGGAAUUCUUACUCAUUCUCCACAACCAGCACUUCUAUAUCUGGUGCCAUCCACAUUAGGACCCAUAGUUCUGAUCUCCUGGUCAAGAAAGGAACUUAAGGAGUUAUGGGAAGGCUCAACACCAAAUCCUGCCGAGAAAAUACAUUCAACAGAAGUUUGAGCCAUCCUCCUUCAUCAUCGAACCACCAAGCAAAUGAAACAUGUAAAAAAUGGAAUUGGGAUAAGUUAAAAUGAUGUGCUACAGGGGUAAUAGCAAAUUGUUUAAUGUUUUAACUUUUGAAUCCUUUAUCAGGUCUAAAGAACUGCAAAAACUCAAAAAUUUGUUCUUAACGUUUCUAUUUUAAUCCUUCUUUAAAGAAAUGGGAGCAAUCUAAAUUUUUAGAUUCUGUGAA